AUGGCCUCUAAGAAGAUUCAAACUGUUCCUGUGGUGAAAGGGAAAAGUGUGAGCACCUCUUUCUCAAGCGGAGAUUCUGCUGGGGUCGUCACCCGGAGCAAGGCCAAGGCGAUAUCCGCAACUCCACAGGUCACUUCCAUACCGACUCAAGCCAAGGCGAAAGACGUGAACCGGUUAUCAAUCUGGCCUCCUUGGGGGCAAAGAAGAAUAUCGCUCGGGCGGAUGAGAGAAACUCUCGGAAUGAAGAAAGGAGUUUUUCGGGCUCGAAGAAUUCAAGAGAACGUUCCCUCUCGCCUGUUUCAAACGUUGACUCGAGCAUAG